UUCAAUACUUCUAUUCAAUUACUUAACGUACCAUGUGUUAUGAAUCUGUUUAUAUCUAUAAACGGAAUAUAAAUGUUCAAGAAAGAGACUCAACUUUACAGUUAGCAAAAGUGAUAUAUUUGCAACAAUGAUUGAGCUAUUUGGACUUACAGUUCUUCUUUUAGGAAGUGUAUGUGCAGAGGACAUUAUUUGCAGCAGUUCCUGUACACCAGAUCCGGAUAAUAUAACGGACACAUGUAACCUCACUACUGGACAGUGUUUAUAUGGAUGUCAGAACGGAUUUGCAGGACCAAAUUGCUCAUAUAACUGCUUUGUAAACUGUGCACAUCCAAGAGUUGAUGCAAAAGAAACCUGCAGUUAUACCGAUGGAAAAUGUCUUCAUGGCUGUCAAAACGGAUAUGCAGGGCAAUACUGCUCAUAUGAAUGUCCUGUAAACUGUACAUAUCCUGCAAUGAGUGGAACGGAAACUUGCAAUUUUACUAAUGGAGAAUGUCUGAAUGGCUGUAACAAAGGUUGGACGGGAAUACACUGUUCUUAUAAAUGUCCAGAAAAUUGCAAGCUUCCUGUAGGAGAUGGAAAAGGCACUUGCAAUUUCACGACAGGAAAUUGUAUUCUUGGCUGUAAUAAUGGUUACGCUGGACCUGACUGCUCAUAUGAAUGUCCAGAUACGUGUAUGUAUCCAAAAGAAAACACAUCAGGAACUUGCAAUGUUAUAUCAGGGGAAUGUUUACAUGGCUGCAUAUAUGGUUUUGCUGGACCGAAGUGCUCAAUUCAAUGCCCAGAGAAUUGUAUACAAGAUUAUAGAGGUUUCGACACAUGUAAUGUAAAAACUAACGAAUGUUUACUCGGAUGUAAAGAUGGAUUUUAUGGUUCUAACUGCACAGAAAGAUGCUCUGAUAUAGAUGGUAACUGUGAACAAUGUAGUGCAAAUAUGGAGAACACCAAAUUUGAAUGCAAGAGCUGUACGAUAAACUUCUAUUUGUCAGCUGGUAAAUGUUUAUCAUGUAACUUCUGGUGUUUAGUUGUACCUCGUAGUGCUGAGCCGUCAUGUAGGCAAGAGGAUGGAUAUUGCAAUCACGGUUGUAAAACAGGCCGUUAUGGUUUCAUGUGUAAUAGUCGCUGCAGUGACACGUGCAAAGAUGUAUGUCACAGGGACACUGGGAGAUGUUAUGAAUGUACCAGCUUCGACUAUUGUGGACCAUUUUGUCAAAUACCAUGCCAUGAUAAUUGUUUUCAACAGCAGUGUGAGCAAUCUUGUACUUGUAUGAAAGGAUGUGUGUCUACACAUUGGGGUAUAAAGUGUCAAAACCUAUGCAACAUAAACUGUAUCAAACCAUUUGGUAAUAUUACCCGUGUUUGCAAUGAAACUGAUGGGACAUGCUUGUAUGGAUGUAAGACUAAUAAUUAUUUUGGAAGUCGUUGUGAUGAACAUUGUCCAAAUGGAUGUCAUAAUGGCUUAUGUGAUCAUGAAUCUGGAAAUUGCACCGAGGGAUGCACAACUACAGAGGUAUAUGGUUCUCAUUGUAAUAUUUCAUGUAAUGAAGGUUGUGAGGGAGGGACGUGCAACAGAGAUACUGGAUAUUGUGAUAAAGGAUGUAAAACAGGAACAUACGGAAAUAAAUGUGACAUACUGUGUAGCAAAAGUUGUAUAGGUGGCGCUUGUGGAAGAGAAAAUGGGUUUUGCGCUUUUGGUUGUGUAACUGGUAGCUACGGAGAUAAAUGUGGAUUACUGUGUAAUGACAAAUGCUUGAACUUAAAAUGCGAAAGAAUCGGCGGAAAUUGCACCUACGGGUGUAUUUCAGACUUUCUAGGAUCUGAUUGUAGCAUAACUGCAUUACAAACGAAAAACAAAGAAUCGGUAGUCAAAGACAGCACUAUGCUUUGGGUUGCUAUAUGCGGAUGGUCUUUAUUUUUCAUGCUUGUGGUUUCUGUAGCUGCCGUUAUUGUUAGAAGAAUUGUGAAACGUAAAAGUCACGAAAGACAAACACAUACAACAAUUGAAGAUCAGUCACCAAUAAGUUUUCAGGAAGACUAUACAAAUUUACAACAUGAACAAGGUGAAGUGAAAAACUAUGAGGAGUUACAACUUUGAUAAUUUAAAGCUAAAUGACAUGAUCUUACUUUGCACUCAUUACACUUUGAAUUAUAUUGUUUGUUUUGUUAAUCAUAAUUAACUGCUUUAUAAUCACAUAGACUUUUUUAAUGUAAUACUGUUGUGCAUCCAUAAAACAUUUCAUAAUCAGACUUUUGUUUAAGUCACCACAAAAUAUGUUUAUCCUAUACAAGAUGCGACUUUGAAUCUGUCGUGCAAAACAAAAAAACAACAAAAAGUUUCAACAAGAAUACAUAUAUGAUUACUUGCAAUCUGAAUCCAUCAUGAACAAUUCAGACAUUCAGAAAUGGCAAAUAUUCUUUUGAUAUUGUGUUGAACAUCGAUAAAAACAAAAAGAAAUAAAAAACAAUAUUUGUCGAAAAACAUCAAUUUAAAAAUAUGGACGUAUAAUUAUUCCAUAAAUUUCUAAGACCUAUGGAAUGUUUCUGCACACAUUGUCCAAUCAUCUGUGACAAAGUAACAAAGACCUAAAAAGCAUAUCACAAGAUAUAUUUCACAACAUUAAAGUUCGAAGAAAAAGUUAAACAAUCUGAAGAAAAUUUAUUCAGAAAUAUUUAAUAACAGAAUCACUGUUCAUAAAGUUGCAUUUAAAAGGGGUAGGUAGUGAUUUGUCUCUUAUGCCAGAAACACUAACUCUUCAAUAAUGUACAUCAUUUGAAAGCAACUAACAAAUCAAAUUAAUUUAAUGCAUUUUAAAAUGGCAGGAUGUCCAUGCAUGUCACGUCAUCAAAUUAUUAAAUAAUCUGAACAAUAAAUCCUUUUUCAUGCCGAAUAGGCAGCUUUGUGUUACAUCGUAAAUAUAUGAUCCAUAUGUACAAACUUGCCAUUUAGUCAAAUUACAUAGCAUUUUACAGCGAGUAAUUCCUUAUA